AUGAGUGCAUAUGAACUCGAUGUCCUGCCGUUGCUUUGGCGGAAUGUGCUCUUCAAAAACGCGCAUUUUUGUGAGCAUGUCUGCCAUAGUUGGUUAAAUCGGUCGAAACGGCCGAUGGUGCCCUCUGGUAAUGGAAUGUCCAAGGCAGAGCUUUUCAGAGAAGUCACUGACUAUGAGUUGGUACAGAAAGAAGCUCUACGUCUUGAAGAGAUGCUUGACGGUUUAAUAGAUGGAAUGAAACGACGAGCACAGAUCACUGAGAACAAGGAGCACCUGCUGAUAUUUGCUCGAAAAAGCGGUGGCCGAAAGCAACGAGUGACAUGGUUGCCGAGUGGACAGCAAAAGAUACGCGGCACAUGGUUCGGUCUAGCCGAGAGUCUCAUCGAGCAGUAUUCAGUCAAUCUUGAGCUGGAGGACGUUCAUGAGCGCGAGAUGCGAGUGAUCAUUUGGAAGCAUUUCAUAUUCGCCUUGUUGCAACAUCUCAUCGAAUAUAGCACUUCGAAUCCUGAUCGAGGGGAUCGAGGGGAUCGAGGAACUUAA